CCGGGAGGGCAGCCUGCAUGGUUUGGGGUCGAUCUGGUUCCUUCUCUUUACGUCCACACCACAGAUUGCACUGAGUAGAUGAGACCUCUGUUUUAAUCCACGUGGCUUUGAAUUUAAUGUAGAAUUCAUGGGGUUUGUGUUGUGUUCUGCUGUUUUGGGUUGCUGUGCUCCUCCUGCGCCUGGUUUUCUUCCAGCUCUGGUGCCAGCAGCCACCGAUCGCAGCCGACGGCGCAGCAGAGGGACCCCGACACGGUGAUGAAUCCUCAGCAGAGGGCUUUAUCCUCAUAAUUUCUUUAAGCGCUUUAAAUGACUAUAAAAAUACUUCUGGCUGCUGACCAAGGCUUCUGAACUGAGCUACAACCACCAGGAAAUGUCUUAGCAGGCAUCGUCGUGCUGUGAGGGUUUCCUUACACCUGAAACUGCUCUCGCUUAUGAGGUACGACAGGAAUAAACAUGGCUUUUCUGGAAUGGUGAAUGCUCAUUUCUGGAAUAAAUCAGUCAUUUGGUAAUGGCCAGCGGAAACUUCAGGUGAGGUGCCUGCUCACAAAGCCUGAGUGUCAGGAACCCUGCGGGAAUACCGUGAGUAUGUGAAGAAUACGAGUAACUACCUGAGGUUUCAACACAGCUACAAGGCUUGUGCCCUUUGGUCUGUGACUUUGGGGACGUUUGGGACCUUUCUGGAAGGAAAACGUGCGGAUAGGAAGAGUGUGGAGGUUGGAAAAGUAGAAAGUCUACAUCAGGUGAAGUCAGCUGUCUGGUUAAACUGGAAUUAAUUCCAAUUACGACCUGGAAAUGAGUUACUGGAGCUUGUGGCACUGCCAUGUGCACAACUGGGGGGGGACCAGGAGGACCCGAGGUGCCCCCAGCCUCAGCCAGGCUGCGCUUCUGGGAGUCUGUUAGGUCUGGUUGGAAUCGAGUGGGCUUCACCUCUACGUAAUCACUAGCAAGACCCCUGGAUUUAUCCCAGUUGCUGGAUUUAUCCGAGACUGUAGCUGGACGCAACCAUUUCCAAAUCUGCCACGCUUCAACCAGGCACUGUGCAGGAUGCGUGCCCAGAAAACCAAGAGCAGACACCGAUGUGAACACACUGCCCAUGAGAAGCACUGCUCUCGGUGACCCUUGCCGACUCAAGAACACGUGGCCCAGCGGUUUCAGUCUACGACCAGUUUUAUUUAUAAGAACAGCGUCGUUCUGAGGGGUGUCAAGAGUAGAGUGCCUCGAUCCGAGCACCUUUCCUCCUAAAGAAAACGGUGCCUGAAGCUUCGGUCACCUCGCAGGCUUGUUUCCCAGUGAGCUGGGUGGGUACUGCACUUUGGUGGUUAUAUUCUGGUAAUGUUAUUACACUUUUUUAUUUUAAUAGAAGUCCUUAAAGGUGUAUGGCGCUACGGAGAAAGCAGCAGUGUACCCUUUCAGGAAACCCUGGCCCACUGAGCUGCUCUGUUAAGGUUUGGUGUGAAAUCUCUGCCACGCUCCCCCUGUUUUUUCCGUGGCAAUGGCAAAAUAAGGCCCUGGGAAGAAGAUUACGGUUGACUCGUUUCAACCAGAAAUUUUCACUUUCCUUCAACGUGCGUCAGCAUCUGAGGCCCUGCCUUAAUGACGGUAUUUGACUUACUGUUUUGGGAUGGUUUUGACGUUAUGGUCUGGUGUGUAAGGAGGGCUGGACAACAGCAUCCAGCUCCGUUAGCCUCUUUUAGGGCAGAUUGUGAGCUGGAAAGUGGUUUGGCUUUAGCUGUAGCCUCAGUGGGCUUGCACACCAGCCAGGUGUGUGAGUAAACGUGGGAGCAAACCCUUCCUCCCAAACGCUUGGGAGCACAGCUCUCUGGUUUUAAUCACUCUCCCCCGAGCUGGGGCUCGCAGACCAGCCUCACCCCAACAUUUAGGCUAUUGCUGUGCACUACAGCAAUGCGGGCACCCCAAGAAUGAAAAUCUCCUACAUAAAUACCUGCGGUUCCCCUCUGCCUCCAUCCCGCUGUGUUGGAGGAGGCCAAAUUAACGGGGUCGGCUCUGAUGCUCCACAAGGAAUAUAGGAGCUCUUUCAUUUCACGUGCCUCUUGUUAUUAGAGGCGUGUAGGAGAGAAACCAGCCCUACAGACACAAAGUAAAAGGAUUCCAUCCAUGCCCCGGAUCCUUUUCUGCGAGCCGUGAACCCACGGUAUCGAAGCUGGAAGGCAGCAGCUGAGGCUUUUCUCUGUAGUCGCUGGAGGGAGGCUGGUGCUUCGCGAGGAGUUGGCUACGCUCUGGAUUCCGGAUGAGCAGACAGCAUUGAGCGGGGUGAAAUGCUUUGGAGAUUAUUUUUGGCUUUUUGGGAAGUUCAGUAACGCUUCGGAAAGAUCUAGCUGGAUUUCUUCGUGUUUGUAAGCAAGAAGCCGUGCCGAAAUGUCUUAGGAGGACAGAGGAAGAACGAGCGUUGUGCGCAUGGAUGCGGAGCUCCCUCCUCCUAAAGCCUAGGGUCUGCCGGCCGGGGAGCUCUCCGUUGAGCAUGUCGGCCUGCCGAGCUGCCCACGGCCUUUUCACGAGGAACAGGGUGGCUGCAAACAUCUUGGCCAGCUGGACAGGUCCUCAGGAGGUGAUGGAUUGCAGCCAGAGGUAGGGCAGGAUCGGCACGCGUGCGUUAUCGUGAUCUAUGCAGUGCUGUCGCGAUAACAGGUGUUCCGGUGGUGUGCCCAGUGGCUUGCUUGGCUCCUUUCAAGCCUCCUUUCAAUGUCUUGGUCUCGCUGCUGCUCCAGAAACUUCAUCUCGUCCCCGUUCGAUGACGUUUGAGCAGGGAGCUUGCCCUUGGUGCUGCCCAGGGGACGUUCUCCCCGUGUUUGAGGUGCAGCUUUUGUUCGUCAACACAGGUGUGCUUGAAUCAACUGCAGAAAACGAUUUUGGAAAGUGUCCUGUUCUGAGGGUGGGGCUCUCUAAAAUAAUUGCGUCCUUGGUUUUGGUGUCUCGGAGCUGGAACUGCCUUUGGAAGAGCUGCCCGUAACGUUCGGUACGCUGAGGUACAAAAGGCAUCGUAAGGCACCUGGAAGCGAGCCACUGGAAACCAGCUGGUGAUGGGGGGGAAAUCUGUCAUGUUUCAGCUCCUUGGUCAGGGGGUUUGAGGUAGAAAUAAGUGCAUCUAAAUACUGGCUGCUUCCCACCAUGCCUGUUCCUCUGUUCCUUGUCUGCGGCAGUCGGUUCCUGGCUUCCGAGCUUGUGCUGCUUAAAAGCCGCUGCAGAAGAUGCUACAGCCUUGGACGUGCCUCGUCCCUUCUUACUCUCUCCCAAAUUCAGCACAAGACUCUGGUUCUCUCCUUUGGCCUCCUUUUGCCUUCCACCAAACACCUCAAUUUGUAAGGUGUCCUCCACUCUCCUCCGAUUCUUCCACGGAGUGUCCCACGUUUGUAAUCAUCUCUCUUGCAAGGUGUCAAGUCUUAUUCUUUCUGCGUUCUGGCUGCUGGCUAGGUUGGCCAAAAUAACCCUGGCCAAGUGCUCUUCCUCCUGGUCCCAUCGUUCCUGCCAUUGCCUUGCAUGGUGGUCAUGAUGAUGUGUUGUUUUUUUUGUGUUUUUUUUUUUUGGUCGCCAUAAGUCUGUUGAUUAUUUUGAUAAGUUACUGAAAGCUUUGGAAGCGCAAAGCCGGGUGCGAUGGCAUCUCUUGUUGGAGCUCGUGGGGCAGCUACCCGGCCCUGCAGCCAGGCUCUCUCCUCCCAAAAAGCUGAACAGAUUUCCACGAAGAGGGUGUUGGCGAAGAGUUUUUAAUUCAGUGGCUGUAUUUGCGGGGUCAGAACUCCAAGAAGCCCUGCUGGUGUGAUGCGGUAGCGUGUGAUGUGCAGUUCUUUGCCACCUACAUAUUGUAGAUAUACACUGAAAAUACCCGAGCCCUUCCUGUCGUGUUCCCUCUGCCCAGAUUUAUGCUCAUGCUGCAUGGUCCAGUGCACUGCUGACCAUAAAGUAAGGCAGCAAAAGUCUGUAGGACGCAGCCUGCUGCUCGUGAGCUGUGCUCUCGGCGUGACGCUGAGCUGCUGAGGCCAGAGGAGCGGGGCUGAGCACUGCCGCUGAGCAUCUCCCCUUACAGCUCGGUCCAGGAGAGGCAGAACUGAGUUCCAGCUUUGGGCAGCCUCUAUUGAUGGAAGAACACGGGGUGACUCAAACAGAGCACAUGGCCACCAUCGAGGCCCACGCAGUGGCCCAGCAGGUGCAGCAGGUCCACGUGGCCACCUACACGGAGCACAGCAUGCUGAGCGCGGACGAAGACUCGCCGUCUUCCCCCGAGGACACCUCCUACGAUGACUCUGACAUCCUCAACUCCACGGCUGCCGACGAGGUCACGGCGCACUUGGCCGCGGCAGGCCCCGUGGGGAUGGCAGCAGCCGCUGCGGUGGCAACGGGUAAAAAACGAAAGCGACCCCACGUUUUUGAAUCCAACCCGUCGAUCCGCAAGAGGCAGCAGACGCGUUUGCUACGGAAGCUCCGAGCAACGCUGGAUGAGUACACCACCAGAGUGGGGCAGCAGGCCAUCGUCCUGUGCAUCUCACCCUCCAAACCCAACCCCGUCUUCAAAGUAUUUGGAGCUGCACCCUUAGAAAAUGUGGUACGCAAGUACAAGAGCAUGAUUCUGGAAGACCUGGAGUCUGCGCUAGCGGAGCAUGCUCCCGCGCCUCAGGAGGUUAACUCGGAGCUGCCACCCCUCACCAUCGACGGCAUUCCUGUCUCAGUGGACAAGAUGACCCAGGCACAGCUGCGAGCUUUCAUCCCGGAGAUGCUGAAAUACUCCACAGGUCGCGGCAAGCCAGGCUGGGGCAAGGAGAGCUGCAAGCCCAUCUGGUGGCCUGAGGACAUCCCGUGGGCCAACGUCCGCAGCGAUGUCCGCACGGAGGAACAGAAGCAGCGGGUGUCGUGGACCCAGGCGUUGCGGACUAUCGUGAAGAACUGCUACAAGCAGCAUGGCCGUGAGGACCUGCUCUACGCGUUCGAGGACCAGCAGACGCAGCAGCAGACCACGACCACACACAGCAUAGCGCACCUGGUGCCGUCACAGACAGUGGUACAAACCUUCAGCAACCCCGAUGGCACCGUGUCCCUCAUCCAGGUUGGCACCGGUGCUACAGUUGCCACGCUGGCUGAUGCCUCCGAGUUGCCUACCACGGUCACCGUCGCACAAGUCAAUUAUUCCGCAGUGACUGACGGGGAGGUGGAGCAGAACUGGGCAACGCUACAGGGGGGUGAGAUGACCAUCCAGACAACGCAGGCAUCAGAGGCCACGCAGGCAGUGGCAUCGUUAGCAGAAGCAGCAGUGGCAGCAUCUCAGGAGAUGCAACAAGGAGCAACUGUUACCAUGGCACUCAACAGUGAAGCAGCAGCCCACGCGGUAGCCACGCUUGCUGAAGCCACUCUCCAAGGUGGAGGACAGAUCGUCCUGUCUGGUGAAACCGCAGCGGCAGUAGGAGCGCUUACCGGAGUCCAAGAUGCCAAUGGCAUCCUAGCAGCAGACUGUUCAGGUUGCAAGUGGAGCCUAGCAGAGAGUUUAUCAGCAAAGCCAGCCGAUCAAGGAAGCUUAGAAGGGUUAUUCGUUAAGCUUUCGUCUGUGGAGCACGGCCUCGUCCAGAUCCCCGUCAGCAUGUACCAGACCGUGGUGACCAGCCUGGCCCAGGGGAACGGCCCCGUGCAGGUCGCGAUGGCACCCGUGACCACGCGGAUAGCGGACAGUGCCGUCACCAUGGACGGGCAGGCGGUGGAAGUGGUGACCUUGGAACAGUGACGGGUGCCCGCAGCGGGAGCGUGGUGGUGAUUUCCCUCGUCUCUUACGCGAAUGAAUUUUUUUUUUUUUUUUUUUUUUUUAACGCCUCUCCAGAGAUGAAAUCAGGUGGCAUCGAGUCUCCCAGCUUUGGAAGCAAAGGUUUUUGUUAACCUUUUUUUUAAAGGAAAAAAAAAAAAAAAGAAAAAAAAAAAAGAAAAAAAUAGCAGAGGAUGUGUGUUAAGUGCAUUUUUAUAGCGCCACUGAUCUCGUAGGAGCGAGCAGCCAAAUUCUGACGGGACUUUCAUUAAAAAGGAAAAAAAAAAAAAAAAAAAAAAGCAGCCCCUUAGCCUCCUUUCCCCCAGCAUGGAACGGAGCAGGGUGAGGCCAGGGGGGGUCGGGGGCCACGGACGCCCUCGCCCGAGACUGCUCCGGCUGCACUGCCGCCGCUCCCGAGCCGCGCCGCACUUGGCAAAUUAGGAUUCAUAGAUUUUAACGUGGACUUUUAUAUUUAAAAAAAAAAAAGAAAAAGAAAAAGAACGACAACAACAAAAAAAAAUGAAUUUGGAAAAGGCUCCUCUGGGGAAAAUGCAUGUGUGACUGCAGGGGGGGGGUGGCAGCUCCCCCGGGGGGUGCCGCUCUGCCGGGAGCCCCGUGCCGGCGCGAGGACAGCUCUGCCGUGGACCACCGCCGCCAGCCCCGCACCGCGCUCCGCUCGGCUCCCUUUGGUGCACACUGGAGACCUGUUCUUACUCCUCUGCUCUGGAAAACGUACCUGCCAUUUUAGAUCUUUUUUUUUUUCUUUAUUAUAAUAAUAAUAAUUAUUAUUAUUAUUUCCUCUUGCGUGGAUUUGGAACCGAGGGGAACCGCCUCGAGAGGAGCUCGGGCUGCGCUGGGAGGGAGCCGGGGCUGCCGGGACCAGCGCUCAGCCCCCCCCUUUCCUUGCCAAAGAGCCACGGGGGGCUCAACCCGACCCCGCUGCCACCUCUGGGACCCCCCAGGACCCCCGGACUGUCCCCUCUGGGGGACCCCUUGGAGCCAUAUGGUCCCACUCCACGCGCAUCCCCUGGUGCAUCUCCGCUGCCCGCAUCCGACCCGCGCCACCCAAAACCCUCCAAAGGAGGGAAGGGUCGCGGGGGCCUUUUUGGGGACAGAUCCUACUUGACUUCCCAGCGGGCCAAACCUUUCCAGCGGCGCCCGGCCAAGCCCCCCCCUCCUCCUCCAGCCCCGCGGCGCGUGCAGUUGUGCAUGGUAUUUAAUUUGUUUUGUUUUGUUUUAUUAUUAUUAUUUUCAAGUGGCCAUUAACAAAGUUCUCCGCGUCUUGCUCCGCCUUCGAGGAAGUUUUCAGAUUCUUGUAUUUACUUGUUUUAUAUGGAAAAUAUCAAAAUGUUCUUUGUAUACAUUUCUUCUGUACUUUAACGAGGGGAGGGAAAGAUUUCCAUAGAGACAGUCCUGGUUCUCCAGUUCGUUAUUUUUUUUUUUAAUUAUUAUUUUUUAUUGUCGUUGUGAAGAUGUCGGUGGCUUUCAAGUCCGUGUUUCUUUG